AUGUCUUUGUUCGACUACCGAAAAAUUUUUUAAUGUGCUUUAUACAAUGCUUCAUCAGGACUUAACAAAGAAUAUUUUGGCUAUGUUUAUAGUAGUGUAGGUAUAGAGGGAAUUGAUGUUGAUAGAGUAUCAUCAUAUGAUGUUAGAUUCGAAAUAACAAUAGAUUUGAUAAGGUUGUUUCCAGAUUUUACAAAAUUGUUUCACUUUAUUGAAAUUUAGAAUGAUAAUGAUGAAUUUCAAAUGUUUAUGUUGGAUUUUUGAUAGGAUUAAUUGAAUUGGUAACAGAUAUACAUGAUGGAGAAUUCAAAUACAAAGUAAGACCAGAAAUACAAAGAAAGGAAGGAGUUGUUGCAGUUGAUACAAAAAAAUGUAGAAAUGUAUUUGUUGUUUAUAAAGAAUUAUUUCGAUAUUUGAUUAUUGAAUAUUUGUAUGACAAGAAUAUAGAAGUUUAUCAAAUAGUUACUUAACAUAUUUCUUACUAAAAGGUUGUGGGAUUGAAAGUGACUGAUGAGUUUGUUUUAAUAUAAGAUUUGAUCCAUCAUUAGCUGAUUUUUUCUAAUUCUUUUAAACUAAUUAAUCUAGAAACUGAACCAGCAAUCUUGACCUUAUUUGGUGCUCGUAAUUUUAUGUUUUUUGAUUAACAUAUUAAAGAUUAUCCAUUAUUAAAGAAAUUCAAUAUAACUAGGUUCCAAUAUGAUUGA